UUUUUUGAAUCUCUAUUCGCUUUUCAAAUUUCAAUGUUUUUGAUUUAUUGAAAACAUGAUAUUACAUUCCAUAUCUAGACAUCUUGAUUUGUUUAUUUUCUAAUAUAAACGUCUUGCUUUUUGUUCUUUAACAAGGUUCUAUGCAACAUUUCAAAACGGUAAAGUAAAAGUCUAAAAGCAUGACCCGACAAUGUUUUCUUCGAUGUUUACUGGAUUCGCAUGCGCCUAUUAAUCUUCCACAUAAUGUGGAAAUAAUUCUGGGACGCAAUAAAGUAACCAAAAUUAAGGACCCGGUUUGUUCUCGUCAACAAAUUAGUUUGAAGGCGGACUGUGAAAAAUGUGAAGUUGAAUUGAAACCCUUAGGUGUGAAUCCUAGUGGGUUGGAUGGUUUCGCACUAAAGAGGCACGGCCAAUACACUGUGUCACAUGGAAACAGAGUGGAGAUAUUAUUGAACAAUUAUAUUCAUGUUGUGGAAUUUGAACCACCUCCUGACGGCUAUGAGGCACCUAAGCCAAUUAAACGAAACCUAGAUGAUAGUAGUCAAGAAAUAGCACCCAGAAAGAAAUCUAAAAUAGAAUCUGAGCAAGCUGAUGUAAAAGAAGCCAUGGAUAAUUCAUGGGAAGAGAUUGAUAGGGGAGAAGUGUAUAUAUUUACAGCUAAAGGUGUGAAAUCUAGCAACAAAAUAGCUGCAUUUGAUAUGGAUGGUACAUUAAUCAAAACAAAGUCUGGAAAAGUACAUCCUGUAGAUAUAAAUGACUGGCAAAUUGCUAUCCCUCAAGUAUCAAAAAAGCUAUUAGAGAAAGCGAAUGAAGGUUACAAAAUCAUUAUAUUGAGUAAUCAAUCGCCAAUUGGUAAUGGUAGAGUUAAAAUUGAGGAUUUCAAAAAGAAAAUUGAGGGUAUUGUUGAAAAGUUAAAUGUUCCUAUUCAGGUGUAUUUGGCUACUGGAAAAGGAUUUUAUAGGAAACCAGCACCAGGCAUGUGGAAACUUCUUUCUGAACAGAAAAAUGACAACAUAGCCAUUGAAAUGGACAGUAGCUUUUACUGUGGGGAUGCUGCAGGCAGGAUGGCAAACUGGGCUCCAGGCAAAAAGAAGGACCACUCCAUGGCUGAUAUACUUCUAGCCAAAAACCUUGGCCUCAAGUUCUAUACACCAGAACAAUUUUUUUUUGGUCAUUCUAUUGCUAAUGUGCCGAUGAGUAAUCCUGAGUUUAUACCUCAGGAGCUUAAGUCUGAGCCUUUUAAUGAAGCAUUAAUUAGUACUGAGAAAGAGUUGCUGGUUCUAGUAGGUUUCCCAGGUAGCGGAAAGUCAACAUUAGCCAAACAGAUUGAAAAGAAAUCUGGAAACAAAUAUGUAACUGUAUGCAGAGAUGUUCUUGGCACUUGGCAAAAAUGUGCUGCAGAAGCAUCCAAGUUAUUGAAGCAAGGCAAAAGCGUAGUGGUGGACAGUACUAACCCGGACACGGAGUCGCGCGCGCGCUGGACGUCGCUCGCCCAACAGUUGAACGUGCCGUGUCGUUGCGCGCGCAUGGCCACGAGCAAGGCGCACGCACAACACAACAACAAGUUCCGGGAGAUCAUGAAGAUGAACCACGUGCCCGUCUCCGACAUUGUUUUUCAUUCAUACAAAAACAAAUUCGUUGAACCAACAGUGAAUGAGGGAUUCAAAGAAGUGAUUCAAGUCAAAUUUAGUCCUACUUUCGAGAACAAGGAAGCUGAAACUAUAUAUUGCAUGUAUUUAUUAGAGAAAUAGUAUCUAUAUAAUUGUUGGAGAUAAAAUGAGGAAAUAAAAUACAAUUGUGACAUUUA